ACAUACUUUUUCCCAGACACUAAGAGUAGAAAUGUUUAAACCAGCUGUUAUUUUUGUGUCGCUGGUGUUGAUUGUCGGCGGUGACAUCUACGACAUCUGCACCUCCCUCCAAUGGGAGGGAAUUCAGUUUGUUGUCACGGGGACGGAGGAGGCAGGGAUACCUACCAUGAUCCAGAAUUUGAUCCAGUUCUCGUUUGACGCCAACAAUAGUAGGAUAGCUGCCUCUACAUCCGGGUUCCAGGACGGUCAUCAGUUCCAGAAGGACUUCCUGUUCCUGUAUCAGCAGAAAACCGUUUAUGUGAUCGAAGAAGGAAAAUGCCAUGCAGAAUAUUUGGACAAUGCUUUUCCACCUCACUGCCUUCCAAGUAACUUCACGUGGACGUGGUGGAGGACCUGGUACGGCUUCCCAAAGAUGGAUGGCCAGUUGUGGAUUUUCGGCUACGUUGGCCACGUGAACGACUUACAAUACCACGUGCAGUUGUUUCUCGAAUUCAUGACGCCCGCGUCGCAUCAGAUCUUCGGAAAGUACAACAACGAACCUUUCUACCAAACCACUGAAGUCGUGAACACGACCCGUGGCAUCAAGAACCCGGAUGUAUUCAGUCCUCCGCCGUCUUGCAAAGACGCUAAGCCACAGGGAACGUACAAAACUCCCGUGUACCUCCUGGGUGCCACCUUCCCCCGGGAGUCGGCUGUGCCGUAGACUGUCCUUCCUCUUCCAGUCACCGACAUCACUCUACGCACUUUGACUGAAAAGAAGAAACAUAUUUUUCCCUAAGAGCAGAAAUAAAAAUUAACGAGGCAUCAAUGCGCA